UGCAGGAGAGACCUACGGACGGUUGCGAUAUGUAAAUAAGUACUUAUCGAAGACGGUUCGCCAAUCACGCGGCAGGCCCGACUCCCAGCACAUGUGAACCGCCCUCACCCUCCAACUACCCCUGCUCUCGCCGAAGGUCCAUCUAUCUUCCUUCAUAUAUCUGCAUGAUACCCCAGCGCCAGGCGUGGGGACUCGUUGCCGCCGCCCCGCCAGUCUUUCCUCACUCACCUCGUCUCCCUUGCUGUCGCCCUCGAGUUUGCCAAACCUGAGAGAGCACGACUGCGUCAAACAUGAGUACCAAUCCCGAGGUCCUCGACGUCAACGUCGAGCCUCUUGGCCACAUCAAUCCCAAUGUCCCCCCCUUGACGGAGAAGGAAAACACCUUCAAGGCUCCCGCCCCGGCCCGCUUCUCCAAUGAGAAAGAGUUUGAACCCGAGGUGGAGCGCAUCAAGUCGCUGGAUGCCGAACACCACGAUGAUUUCAACCUCGACCCCUUCAAACCCUUCGAUGACCUGCCCGAAGAGACAAGCAGGAUCCUGACUUUCCGUGCUCUGUUCGUCGGCCUGUGCUGUGGUGCCCUCGUCAAUGCCUCCAACGUCUACCUGGGUCUCAAGACGGGAUGGACCUUCACUGCCAAUCUGUUCGGCGCAAUCGCUGGUUUUGCUAUUGUCAAGUUCAUAUCGCGAGUCCUGCCGGAGACUUUGGGUCCUCUGCCCUUCCUGGGAGGAAAUUUCGGCCCUCGUGAGAACAACAUCUGCCAGACGGCCGCAAUGGCUUCUGGCGGCAUGUCUUCGGUCUUCAUUUCUGCGUUCCCCGCCAUGUAUCAGUUGCAUCUGAUGGACACGCCUGCUAAGGAUUACUGGAAGAUUGUCGCCUUGACUGCCGUGGCUGGCUACUUUGGCGUCUUCUUCGCCACGCCCAUGCGCAAGUUCUUCAUCAUCUAUGUUGCCCGCGAACUCCGCCUCAUUUUCCCUACUGCUUCCGCUACUGCCAUGACUAUCCGCGCUAUGCAUCAGGCCGUUACUGGUGAGAUCAUGGGCAGGAUGAAGAUGAAGGCCCUCUCCAUCUCUUUCGCCUCUGCCCUCGUCUUGCGUGUUGUCUCCCAGUAUGCGCUCGGCAUCCUCUGGGACUGGCACUUCUUCACCUGGUUCCACAUCUGGGGCAACUACAAGACGCUCGCUCUGUCGGUUGAGAGCUGGGGCUGGUAUCUCGAAUGGACCCCUGCCUUCAUCGGGUCCGGAAUGCUGGUCGGCCUGAAUGUGUCCAUCAGCUUCUUGGCCGGAAGUGUUAUUGCCUGGGGCAUCAUUGGUCCUGCGCUCGUUCACAACAAUGUCGCUUGGGGCGUCAAUCUGGGAGAGGGCGACCCGAAAUGGGAGGGAUAUACCUCAUUUGCUUCGCUGAGCUUGGCCGCAAGCAACAAGGACUACCCGUCACCCAGAUACUGGCUCCUCUGGCCUGGCGUUUUGCUGAUGAUUGCUGUCCUCUGGUUCGCCUUCAAGGCCCUCUACCGCGGCAUCUCCGCUGGCCUCUAUGAUCUGGGCAAAGCCAUGGGGAAGGAGCUGAAGGUAUUCAAGAAAGUUGGCGCUCGUGCCAACGAAGAUCUUGUUGAAGAUCCUGCCGAGCCGCACCAGCAGGUCAAGAUGUGGAUGUGGAUGCCAGGUCUCCUCGUCUCCAUCAUCUGCAUCUGCGUGGUCCUCGGCGUUCAGUUCGAGAUGCCUGUCGGCAUGUCGCUCCUGUCCGUCUUCUUGGCCUUCUUCUUCUCCUUCGUCGCCAUCCAGUGCACUGGUGUCACGGACAUCACACCCCUGACGGCGGCAUCCAAGGCCUCCCAGAUCAUCCUCGGCGGCGCCACCAAGGCCGAGGGUUGGGACGUCCAGCACGCCCAGCGGCUCAACCUCAUCGGCGGUGCCAUGUGCAGCAUCGGAGCCAACCAAUCGACCGAUCUGACCUGCGACUUCCGCACCGGCUUCCUCCUCCGCACUCCGCCGCAUUACCAGUGGUACGCCCAGGGCAUCGGCACCUUGGUCGCCACGUUCCUCGCACCCGCCAUGUUCCAACUCUUCGCGACCGCGUACCCGUGCAUCCUCGAUAAAGAAGCGAAAACAUGUGCGUUCUCCAUCCCGUCCGUCUCGGCCUGGCGCGCCACCGCCGUCGCCGUCACGGACCCGACGUUCCCGAUCCCCAAGUCGAGCGGCAUCUUCGCCAUCGUCUUCGCCGCCUUUGGCUCCUUGAUGGUGCUCGUGCGCCAGUACGUGUGGACGGGCCGCCUCGAGUGGAUGAAGAAGUACCACCCCAACAUGAUGUGCAUCGGCCUGGCCUUUGUGCUGCCGCAGACCGUCUACGGCACCGCCAUGUGCAUGGGCUCGCUGGCGGCGCUCAUCUGGGCGAAGAAGCGGCCCGAGCAUUUCGACAUCUACGGCUACGCGGUGGCGGCGGGGCUGAUUGCGGGCGAGGGCAUCGGCGGCGUGGUGAAUGCCAUUUUCCAGAUCGCCGGUAUCAGUGGGAGUGUUUAUGGCAGUCAGGUGGCGUGUCCCAUGAGCUGUGAGUGA